AGUAUUGUGGUGUUUUUCACUGUUGCUGGAUUACUAGUGCUAAUUUGAUUGUCAAUAUGGACAUUGUCUUCAAUGUGACUGCUAGUGAUAUUAUUGAUCCUGUUUUGUGGUUUACAUUUGACAUUUGGUGUUUUUGAUAAGUGUGGAUAAUAAAAUUCUCCCUGGAGGUUAUACAUCCUUAUUGACAUCAUUGACCUAGGGAUAUAAGGGCAGGGAACUAAUACACUUAUACACUGGCAGCUGCAGCAAUGUCAGACCCUGAAGAAAUCACCAUCAUAGUGCACAGCGCAAAAGAUCUGAAGGGAAAAAAACCAGGCCGCAGCAAAUUUUCUGUGAUAUUUGGCCUGGGUGGGACAAAGUUCAGGACACAGACAGUGAAAGAGCCAUCAGGAAACCCAGACUGGAACGAAGAAACUGUUGUAAAUGUCAGUAACAUCCUUGACCAGGUGUUCUUCAUCGCCACGGAGAAGGACGACAUUCUGGGUCAGAUUCUCAUCCCGGUCACCUCGCUGCGCGCAAUCAAGGGCCAGGCUAAGCGCGCACCCCUCCAGCCCCACAAGAAGUGCCCUCAGCCUCGGGGAGAGCUCGUCUACCAGUGUUACGUGUCCAAGUACCGUUCCCAUGACGACCAUGUCCCUGUCAUCAUGGGCACUGGCUCUACAGUGCCUGAUGACAUUCGUCCCAGGUCAGCCUUUCAACGUCUUAAAAAGCGAAUGGCUUCGCCUGUUGCGCAAAGGAAGAGUAAACGAGAGGAUAGUAUAAAAAGUCAGGAUAUAAAAAGUCAGAAAUCGGGAUUGGCUGGUUUGAAUAAACGCUUCUCGAAAUCAAUCCAAGAUCUGUUUUCAUUUAAUAAAUUUAGUGCCAGUGAAAGUACAAAUGUCGAUGACAAUAUUUCAGUGUCAAGUUCUCAUAAAAGCGGCACAAUCAAAAGCAAGCAGAAGAAAAAAUUUAGUUUGAGUUUUCUCAGUGUAAGCCAUGAUCUGGACAAAAUGGGUGACGAGCCAGUAAUAACCAGUUGUACCCCUAACUCUGGACCUGUUGAUAGGCCCACUAGACUCACAAUCGAAGGGCGAAAUCUGGCUACAGGCAAAUCUGAUAUUUUGUCCCUGAAAAUAGCUGGAUGUGACUGUACAGAUACAAUUGAGUUUGAGUCUUCAAGUCGAAUUUACUGUACAACACAUUUCUGGAAAGUUGGUACUGGCCCAGUUGUCAUUGAUACCAUAUCAGGGGACAUCACACAAAUGAAAGAUGGAUUCUCUUUUUACGAAGAACUUGAUGCAAAUCAAAAUUCCAAUACUAGUACAAACCCAUUUGAAAACACUGAAAGCACAGAAAAUGAAUUGGAAAUUUCUUUAGGAGGAAGAGAAAUAAAGUCUGGCUCCAGCACAUUGCCACGUAUCCGGACUCACUCCAGCACUGCCACCACCCCCCAGAUCCCCCUGACCACAUCCACCCCUGCCCAGGGCAGAUACGUGAAGAAACAUGGCCGCCACGCCAGUGAAACAGUGUCUAUGGUGACCAAUAGGACCCCUGUGGAACAUAUUUCCAAAGAGGAGUUGCAGGCUAAGAUCUCCGCACUGGAAGAGGAGAAUGCAGCCUUGAAGAAGGACAACGUGGAGAUGAAGUCAUACAUCGACAAGCUGGUGGCCAAGUGUAUGCUGCACUGCCCUGAGGCCCUAGCCCAGGAGGACAAUGAGAAAACCAAGCUAUUCUUGCUCUAGGGGUCACUGUAGUGGUUGAGACAGCGGCCAUUGUAGUGGGUAUCAUAGUGGCUGCCAUUGAGGGUGCAACAGUGGAAGUCUACAUCUGCAGUAUUCACCAUUGUAGUCAUUAAGAAAGCUUUACCAGGGCUGAAUAUAAUGUUUAUGGGACAUUUUUGCUAAUUUAUUAAUUAGUAAUUAGCUAUUAAUCAUAAUCAAAAGAUGUUAAAACUCAUGAAAAUUCUUUAUCUAAAGGUAAACCACCUUCAUUAAAUAACAUUUAUUUGUUUGUUUGUCAUAUAAUCAAUAAAUGAAAACACAACAGGCAAAUAAAUCAAUAAAUAAAAAAGAACAGAAUAAAUAAAUUUGCACAAAUCUCAAAACUUAUACUAAAUGUAAUGUUUGUGAAAUGUCCAGGACAUCAACUAUCAAAUAAGUCAUUGCUAUUGUGUGCCUCAUUCACUGCCUUAUUUGAUGCCAUAAUGGGUGAUGUGUUCACUGUCAAUGGCAGCCACCGUUCUGACAGCAUUCUCUGGUGAAGACGUAUUCUCAGAUAACGUGUUAGUGUCUGCAGUAUUAACUCUUAGGUCUUCCAUUCUCAGGAUGAAUGUACUUUGCCAUACUGUUGAAAAAGAGAACACAUGCACAGCCGCUUUUCAGAAUGUGAACAUUUGAGAACAGAUGAAGAACGGCUUUCACUAAGUGAACAUAUGAGAAAGAAUUUUAGGGCUGAUAUUCACAAAGUGCCAACAUUCAGGGCCGAUAUUCACACAGUGAACACUUGAUAAAGCAUUCAGGGACAAUAUUCACACAGUGAACACUUGAUAACACAUUCACUUGAUAACGAUAUUCACAUAGCAAAUACUUGAGAACACAUUCAGGUCGGAUUUUCACAAAGUGAACACUUAAGAACACAUUCAGGGGGCUAUAUAUAAUGAUUAACCAGUGACUUAAGGAAUAUAUGAUUUUGAGGACAACCAUUAAAUUUCCCUGUAUAAAUCUGGGCCAUGUUUUUUAUGCAGAACAAGCAUUAUAUUAAUGCCUUUAUGUAAUUACGUAGUUAACUUGACCAGAAGUUACUGUGAAAGCUAUAUUAUUGGUAGUUCACACUUUUUCGUAGAUUUUUGGUCGGCCGCUCAAUCAGGAAAACACAUGUUUACUGAACCUUUCAUUCCAAAGUAGUUCAUCAGAUGCAUUCAAAAUCUAACGAAUUUGCCUGAUUUUACAGAUCCAAGAAACGUCAUGUAAACUAAAUUAAAUUCAUCCACAGAGCAGAUAAUGUAUACUUGCGCUGUACAUCCUGUGAAUGUGUUAUUUUUUCAGUUAGAUCUAUAAUUUAUUUCAUGUUUAGUAUUAUGUUGACAUACGUUACUUUUUAUGUGCUGUGUUGUUAAGUUUGUUUGGUAUUGUGAUUAUGUGCACUUUGUUGUUCUUUUUUAGAAACUUUGUUUCCGAAAUUUUAUUUGUCACACAGGUCCAAAAAUAUUUUGAGGAUUGUUUAAACUGUUCUAUAGAAGCUCGAUUUGAUCUGAUGAAAUUAUUUUACAUUUCAUACUUAUUCUGCAUCUACAGAUCUGAAAAAUCCCAUUGUGUUUGUACAUGAAAUUAUCAAAUAAUGAUACUGAUAUUCAAGAGAUGACCAGUCUGAUGCAUAACUGGUUCUUGUGCCACAUGCAGCCAGCGUGUAUCCUGAACAGCCUGUGCAAUCGCGCAGUCUGGUCAGGAGCUACACUGUCCAUUAUAUAGUCACGCAAGAAUGUGUGGAUAUGCAGUCCGGGUUAGAGCUACACUCGUCGCAUUUGGCAUAAGACCAUUUUUGCAUGAUGCGGGUCAGAUUAUGUGAAUGUCAAGAAGACGUCUUUUUGUAUGUAUAAAACAGAAACCCAUAUCAUACUGAAUUAUCUGAUAUACCUGCGCAGGCAUUUAACAAAUGUGUUAGUGUAGAUCUGACCAAUAUGUGAUGCAGAUUAAAUACUAAUUAGUUUAGUGUUCAUAGAAUUUCAAACAUAGAUCUGAUGAAAGAUUUUACUUGUUUACAUUACAAAGCAUUUCAUCAAAUGCAGAUCUGACUGAAACAAAAUUUUAAACUGAUAUUUUUAUAUAGCUCUGAUAGAGUGCUAGUGUUUCACUCUUCUUUUGAAGAAAUCAGCCUUGUCAUGUGAAAAUUGGUCUUAUGCCAUAUGAGGCUAGUGUUGAUCCAGACCAGUCUAGGUCAUGGAACUGUCUGGUCAGAGCUUCCCUGUCCUAUAUAAAGUCAUGCAAGUAUUCAUGGCCACAUUAGAGGACUAAUUUAUUAUUACUGGACUAUUAAUACGUUAUAUGACCAUAUCUGUGGAAUAAUUUCUUGUACUUGUUUUUGUUUUGAAUGGGAGUAUUAUAUCAUGUUUGUUUUGCUUAUUCACUGCCUGAAACAAACCAAUGAACAUUGGUCAGUUGUCAUUGUUGUUUUGUAUUUCCUCAUGCCAGUAUUUAACCCUUUACCACUUAGAUACGUAUUUCAACGGAUUUGUAGUUCAAAGAAAGUUAAAUUUCAUUAAAAACCUUUCUGAUAUUCAAGUUUUAAAGGUUUGAGUUCUUAGAUACUGAUGAGCAGCAAACAGCAUAAAACCUGAACAGAUUUCGAGUUACUCGCAGGCUGUUCUGGUUUUAUGCUGGUUGCAAAAGCCAUUUUCACUUUGCUUCUUAUGGAGGAAAGGGUUAUAUAAUACAUUUAACAGAGUACAUAGUUUUCAAACAAGAUGAAAAGUGCCAUAAAUAUGGUGGCAUAUGUUAGUAACAGAUGUUUCAGUUCGCAUUUUUGUUGCCAUAUUUUUGUUGGGUUUCAAAUGAAGGAAUGACCAGUAUGUUCAAGGUCAACAAUAAUAGAACAUUCAAUUGAACCAAGAUGAAAAUGAUAUUUUGACCUUGAGUUUGUGUGUGGUUGUUUUACUUUUUUAAUGAAUAUACUUUGAAUGAUUAAGCUUCUAUAUAUAUGUUUCUUUCAAUAACCAGGGUUAUGUAUCCAUGUACAUUUCAAAGCGUCAUCAUCUUUUUCUGCAUCAAGGCAUAUCACUAAGAACAGUUAUAAAUGUACAUAACCUCAAUUCAUGUCUUUUACUUUGGCGUUUCUGUGUUAAAAGUAGUCCAUACAUAUGUACAGAUGGACAAAGAUGUUUAAUCUUUUAAUCUUGAUCAAUAAUAUUUAACCAAUGAGAAUCAAAGCUCAAAGGUAACAAGCAUUUUCAAUGUUAAAGAUUAAAUGUUACAAUAAAUUUCAUUGGUCAAUUUUUAUGAUUGAUAUUUAGUUCAGGAUUGAGAUCCUAAAUAGUUGUUGGGACCGACUAUAUAGAUUUUUGAACAGAUACAUCUUGUAUCUUAUUAGUAUAAUAACAUUUUACUCUGUCUUCUAAACUGGGUAUAGAACAUGUAUCAAACAUUCCUAUUUAUAUGUUCAAAGACUCAGUGGUGAAAUAGAAAUUGUGUCGAACUUGCAACUGAAAUGUCUUGAUUUUUACUCGUUGCGUGCGAAUGAACCCUCUGAAAACAAACUGAUGUUGGUUGUGCCCAUCAAAUGAAAAUAAAAAGGGGUUGAUAUGCCUCAUUCUUUUGAUUCAAUAAGUUGUUUAAAUUGGUUGAAUCUUAUCAUUCUGACUUGUGCUUUUCAUCACUUUUGAGCUGCAACAUGCAAAAAUGGGUCUUACUGAAACAUGGCCAGUACAGUCUGGGCCUGAGCUGUUUUCUAUACAGGUCAGCAAGGUUUUAUAGUCUCCAUAGCAUUCAGAGUAGCGACUGAUCGACCAGCGUGAAUGAAGACUGUUCUAGAGCUACUCCGGCUGCUUUAAGACCCAUUUUUGCAUGACGCAACUCCCAUUAUUUGAGAAUCAGUUAGGGGAGUCAUGCUAUUCCACACAUAAAUCCUGGUGAUGUUAUGGUUGUUAUCAUCAUGUACUAUAUCCCAUGUGUAUUAUGUUGGUAUUAAAAAUACAAAAGUACAUGUAUCAGUUUAGUAUGUGUAUUUUUAUAGUCCACAAUUGUCCAUUACAUAAUUAUGUAACAUAUCAUAUACUUUUUACAACUAUAUUUUGCUUUUUUGAAUUUCCAUAAUAUGCAUGUAAAAUAAAUCCUUAAAAACAAA